AUGGCUCAAAAUGGUUCGAACAGUACUGUGAAGCUGAUAGGGACAUUCGCAAGCCCAUUUGCCUUGAGGGCUCAAGUCGCUCUACACCUCAAGUCCGUAGAGCACGAGUACAUAGAAGAAGCCGAUGUUCUGAAAGCAAAGAGCGAUCUUCUUAUUAAAUCAAACCCAGUCCAUAAGAAAGUCCCUGUUCUCAUCCAUGGUGAUGUUUCAAUCUGCGAGUCUCUCAACAUCGUUCAGUACGUCGACGAAGCCUGGCCGUCCAAGCCUUCCAUCCUCCCUUCUGAUCCCAAAGAUCGCGCCUUCGCUCGUUUUUGGGCUCACUUCGUUGACGGAAAGUUCUUUGAGUCUAUCGAUGCGGUGGCUGGAGCAAAAGAUGACGAGGCGAGGAUGGCCGUGGCCGGGAAUCUGAUGGAGUGUCUAGCGGAACUUGAGGAGGCAUUUCAGAAGAGCAGCAAAGGCGGAGACUUUUUCGGAGGAGAAAAUAUUGGGCUCGUUGACAUUGCUUGUGGGGCCAUAGUCGGUCCAGUCUCUGUCAUUGAGGUCUUUUCAGGUGUGAAAUUUCUACGUCCAGAUACAACACCAGGCUUGCUCCAGUGGACUGAGAAAUUCAAGGCCCAUGAAGCUGUGAAACCUUACAUGCCUACUGUGGCGGAGUUCAUCGAGUUCGCUAAAAAGAAAUUUAAUGAUCAGUGA